AGAAGAUAGAGCGAUAAUCAAACGCAGGAACUUCACGCAUGUUUCAUUCAGAUUUUCGUAUCAAAACAUCGCGCUAUCGCAGCGCGCAGUUUUCUUGCUAUCUGCCAGAAGUAGUGUUGUCAAAUUUGUGGUCCAGUAUUUCGGUAUACAAAAUAUAUUUCGUGUUAAUUGAACUAUUAUACUCAACGAGAAAGUGUUUUAGUGUGGAGUGAACGGUUUGGUUCAAGAACUUCAAGAUAAGUUUAACUGUGAAGGGACAAGUAGAGGUAGUUAGGUAUACAUAUUAGUAUUGUGUUGAUUUGAGUGGUUUCUGCGACUUACGUCACAGCAGCCGGCCAAUCGUCCGCCGCCGUGGACGGCAACAGGCUGUUGAGAAGUGGUUUUGAUUUUGGAACAAUUCGUUGACCGUAGUCAGAUACUGAGUCAGAUGUUCAUGUGUCUGCGCUGAACUAUGCUUCUGAAAUGCACCGCGGACGGGAGACGGAUCAAAGUGAACGGACCGGGCCAGGGGAAUGUCGCGAGAGGCAUGAAAAUGACAAUGUCACCAUUGUCAUCGUCACCCACAAUGAGCGCCCGCGUGCAUAGGAAGGUGAUGCGCGCGCCGCACAAGCGGCAGCUCCCGGGCAAGAUGGCCCACGCGGGCAAGAUGGUGCACCCGGGCAAGGUGCACCCGGGCAAGCUGGCUCACCUGGGCAAGUUCGGGCGGCUGCACUACUCGCACACGCACGCGCGGCCGCCGGAGCCCUGCGAGAACAGCAACGACAGCGGACUCGGCCCGGACCACGAUCAGAGACAUAACACGGUUAACAGAGAACCCGAGGCCUGGGAACGCGCGGCGGCGGUUAAGAUAGAGUGCGACGACGCGAACGACGCGUAUGCGUUCUCGGCACCGAUGCACGCCGCGCCAACGCUCACGCCCGCUUCCGCGCCCGCCUCGACCGACGCUACCAUGAUGCCCCCUGUAAUACGAGCAGGUUGCAGCAUAUCUAGUCCCAGCACCGAAACAGAGACAAGACUUAACUACCCCGACUACCGGUCGUGCGGCAAGCUCGGCAGCGGGGGCAAAUACCCGGGCGGGGGCAAACUCGCCGGGGGUAAGCUAGGGGGGAAACUCGGGGGCAAGUUAGGAGGGAAGUUUGGGGGGAAGCUAGCGCAGGCAUUGGCGAGGAGAAGAGCGCUGGUUGCGAUGACGCAGGGCGCGCCGGGGCUGGCCGCGCCGCUGACGGGCCGGUCGAGGGACGGCACCGUGGAGCUGCAGAUACUGUGCCAACCGGAGACGCAGCACAGAGCCAGAUAUCAAACGGAGGGUAGUCGAGGGGCGGUGAAGGACAACUCCGGGAACGGGUUUCCAAUAGUCAAGUUGGUGGGCUACGACAAGCCUGCGGUGCUACAGGUAUUCAUCGGUACGGACACGGGGCGGGUGGCGCCGCACAUGUUCUACCAAGCGUGCCGCGUGUCAGGCAAAAACUCUACUAGCUGUAAAGAGAGGAAGGAAGACGGCACCGUGGUCAUCGAGAUCGACCUGGAGCCGGCGCGCAACUGGCAGGUCACCUGCGACUGCGUCGGGAUUCUCAAGGAGCGUAACGUGGACGUGGAGCACCGGUUCGGCGAGCUGGGCGGGCCGGCGGCGCACGUGUCGCGCGGCAAGAAGAAGUCCACGCGCUGCCGGAUGGUGUUCCGGACCGAGAUCGUGAACGCGGACGGACAGACCGAGACGCUGCAAGUCUGCUCCACGCAGAUCAUAUGCACGCAACCCCCCGGCGUGCCGGAAGUGUGUCGAAAGUCUUUAGUGUCCUGUCCGGCGACGGGAGGCCUGGAACUGUACCUGCUGGGGAAGAACUUCCUCAAGGAGACGAGAGUCGUGUUCUGCCACCGUCAGGACGGACGAAGCGUAUGGGAGGAUGAAGUCGUUCCCGACAAGGAGUUCCUUCAACAGACACACCUAGUGUGUUGCGUGCCGCCGUACGCCCGCUCGGACAUCAGCGAGCCCGUGUCCGUGCAGCUGUACGUGCGGUCGGGCGGCAAGGCCUCCGAGCCGCACGCCUUCACGUACACCCCCCCGGCCCUCGACACGGGCCCGCAGCACUGCACCACACACCACACGCAAGGUGCCGGUGCCGGCGCCGGCGCGGACGACGCCCGGCCCGUGCUCAUGUGGGGCGGCGCCAUGCUGCCGCCGCCCCGGCCGCCCGCGCGCCGCCCCUCGCUCAUCGUGCCCGACCCGCACGAGCCGCUCGGGCUCAAGGCCGAGCUGCAGGACGACUCCAGCCAGCACGACUCCUGCGGCCCCGACGGGCCCGAGCGCCUCCCCGACGACCUGAAGGUGGUCGACCUGCGCCUCAAGGCCGAGGCGAGCCGCGACGGCCCCUCCUUCGCCAUCAAGCUGUCCCCGCCCGCCGCCCCGCAGAGCGAGCCCCCCUCCCCCCUCGCCUCCUUCACCCAGCAGCUGCAGGCCAUCCAGAACCAGGUGCAGACCGACAAGAUGGUCGAGUCCGUCACCGCCGCCAUCUUCAACUCGGACGACCCGGGCGGCCAGAUGUACCCCGCGCCGAUGUCGAUGGCCAUGGAUCCGAUGCGGCGGCUCAUCUCCGCCGAGAACGACGCGAUGCCGAUGCAGCGGGACAUGAAGGCGCUCAACCGCGAGCUGAUGAUCGCCGACGCGACCAUGCAGGUGGCGGCCGCCGCCGAGCCCGGCCUGCUCGCCUUCGGCCGCAUGACGCAGCCGCAGCAGCGGCCGGCCGAGCCGUUCAACCCUUUCACGAUCACCAAGAUGGAGAUGGAGACCGAUCAGAUCGAGCAGCGCAUCGCGCAACAGACCGCGCACAUGGAGGCCCUGGUGGAGGACGCGAUGAAAGCGACGGCGGUGAUGCUGCCGGCCGACGCGGCCAAACUCGACGAGCUGGUCAACUCGCGCGUGGAGGACCACCUCUCCGGCGCGUCCGCGGCGUCCUCGACGGCGUCGCACGCGUCCGACGUGCUGCUCAGCCCGACGGCGGCGGUCGGCCCCGUGCCGCCUCGCGACGCCCUGAUGGCCCCGCUGCCGCCGUCGGCGAUCUCCCCGGACGUGAUCCUGAACCCGCAAGUGUCCCCCGGCAUGAUGUGCGAGGCCGGGCCGCGCAUGGUGCUGCAGGCGCCGGCGUCGCAGGAGGAGCUGAUGAUGAUGACGGAGCUGACGAGCUCGGUGAAGACGCCGCCCUCGGCCGUCAAGUCCAUGAUCCUGAACGCCGCCGCGGAGAUCCUGACGUCCGACUCGACCAUGAACGCGCUCGUGACGUCGGCGAUCAACACCGCCAAUAUCCUGACGACCGAGAGCGCGGGCGGCGCCGCGAUGCAGAUGCCGGAGCAGCCGAGCCCGAGCGAGCCGGCGUCCGACCCGCCGCUGUCGGCCAUGUCGCAGGCCGUGUCGCAGGCCGUGACGCAGGCCGUGUCGCAGGCCGUGUCGCAGGCCGUGUCGCAGGCCGUGUCGCAGGAGAUGACGGCGCCCGUGCAGGGGCUCACGGACAUGAGCGACAGCGACCUGCUCUCCUACAUCAACCCGAGCACCUUCGAUCAGGUUUAAACUGCGGCGCCCCGGGACGGCCGGGAACAGACAGUGCUGUGCAUUUCAUACUAUAGUGACGUGUCAAAGGCUCAAAACAGUUUUUACGUGAAUAUUUAAUGGUCCGGAUGAAUGGAUGCUAGGAUAAGCGACGUGGACACUAUCUCUGGCUGGAAGUGUUAAUGAUUCUCAAUAUUAUAUUCGUGUGUGGAGUGUUUCUGGAUGUUUGUAAACAGCGGACGAGUCAAUUAUGUUUUCAUGUGAGUCAGUAUUACAGGGCCAACAAAUUACAUUAUAUUCUGCAAAUGAAUCCUUGGAGUGUCGAUGGGAGUGGAUGGACGCAAUUUUUGAUUUCGAAUUUUAUGUAAAUAGUGAUAGCUUUGUAUCGAUGUUGUUAUUACAUUAAUUCGUUUUUAAGUGUCGAUGCGUGUAGGAAUAUACAUAAUCAUGUUGCUUGAUGUUCGAGGGUUAAGUUAGGUGGAGAAUUUAAUCGAUGAUCGAUUAAAUUGUUGUACGCA